GUGAAUGAAACUGCUGUGAUUGCUAUGCGCACGGCGCUCCGAGUGUAUGAUGCGCUUCGAAGCGAUGCUGCAGUAUUCCCUGUGAUAACUGGCAAAGAUGUUCAAAAUAUACGAGCUAUAGCUGUUGAUCAUCAAAAUACAGCUGUGUUCUGGUCUGAUGACGUCAAAGAUGCAGUCACAAAAGUUUACCUGAACGGAACGAGCGGCGAAAAGACGAAAUCUCGAACUGUGAUGGAUUGGCAGUGGAUUCGGAAGCAGGAGUAUUGUACUUCACGAGCUGGACUGACAGUCCGAAAUAUGCUUCUAUAUCGGUGGCAAAUGUUGACGGAUUAUAUCGACAAAGGAUUAUUAGUAGCGUAA